UUCUAUAAAGGGAGGUGGUCCUCCAAUCCCUCCUGUUCCUUCUCUCUCAUACACUUCGACACAUUGAACAGAACUGCUCACCACAAAGGACACAAUGUGGUUUGCUGUGUUUUACAUAUGGGGAACCAUCUUGGCAUUUUCUGUAUGUGACAUCUGCCCAGAAACCUCUGAGGAUGCUGCUUCAUGGGUAGAACUGAAGCCCCAGGGACACUGCGGGGACGAGGAAGACUUCUGCCCUUAUCGGCUCACCCUCCCUGCUCUCUCCAUCCAGCUGCCCAGGCCUUUUAGGGAGCUGGAAGAAAUGGCUAAGGAGCUGCAGAACCUAAAGGAAGUUGUGAACCAGCUAAGGAGAGACUGCCAAGAAUGUAAGGACAGGCACAGUGAUGGGAGGGGUGGAUGGACAGACCAUAGGGACGAAGAGGAAGGGAGACAUCAAAGUUUACGGCAUAACAUCAGUAUCAAGAACACACAAAGUCUUGAUGGAGAAAAAGUUGCUCAAAUCUUCUCUUCAACCUUACCACAGGGAGACCACAUCAGAAAGUGA